UCUCCUUCGUCUUCCACUUCAUCUCUCUCUCUCUCUCUCUCUCUCUCUCUCUCUCUCUCUCUCUCUCUCUUUUCAUUUUUCUGUAAAGAUUUGUAAUUCCUGAGAUAGAGAGAAUGACUAAAAUCUCUGUUGGAUUGCAACUUGUGACAACAGAUUCAAAAGAAAAACUAAGCAACAUAGUGAUCAAAUCUUCACUUAGACCAAACCGAUCCAAUCCAAACAUCGCGGAGCGCUGUUUCCUCAAAACAUGUCACCUCUGUAUGAAGCAGCUCCAUCAAGACAAAGAUAUUUUCAUGUACAGAGGAGACUUGGGAUUUUGUAGCAGAGAGUGUAGAGAAAGUCAGAUUUUGAUCGAUGAAAAGAAAGAGCUAGAGGCAUCCACAAAGAUGAUGUCGGCAGCUUACAGACGCUGUAACUCCGGCGAGAACCGGACUUUGUUGAAUGAUCUACGGCGGCGACGCCAGCUAUUUAUAGUUCCUUAAAUCGAUUACAUACUUCACUAAUUAGUAAUUAUUGUUUUUGUUUGUUUGUUCUUUUUUUUUUUUUUUUUUUUUUUUUGUAACAUUUGUUUGUUUGUUCAAACAGUAGAACUGUUGCAGAGAUGUAGUUAUAUGCAAGAGAUAUGUUAUAUUACAAAUGUAAAUUACAUGGUUUAUAUUGAAUAUAUAUAUAUUGAUACUUUUUA